AUGAAUCUUCGAGGAAAACAUAAGUGUAUUGAAAAUGUUUCUCGGCAGUAUUGUCCAAUAUGUUUGGAGGGCAUCCACACAUCCUGCAUUGUUGCUCAUGUCUUGCCGUGUGGGCAUCUCUUACAUAGAACGUGUUACGAAGAAAUGUUAAAAGAAAGCUACAGAUGUCCACUGUGUAUGCAUUCUGCCUUAGAUAUGACGCAGUACUGGAGACAGCUGGAUAAUGAAGUCAUACAAACUCCUAUGCCAUCUGAGUACCAGAAUAUGACUGUGGAUAUUCUCUGCAAUGACUGUAAUGGGCAAUCCACAGUCCAAUUCCAUAUCUUAGGCAUGAAAUGUAAGAUCUGUGAGUCCUACAAUACUGCUCAGGCUGGGAGCCACAGAGCUGCAGUGGACCAGCAGUGAGCAGCCUGUUCUCGGCUGGAGAACAGCUCUGAGAUGUAGAUAAACUCUGUGUAAAAGACGCUGUUGU